UAGGAUUCAGUAUGAUUCAGCAACUUCACUGUCACUGGUGUGGUUUCUCCACACACCCUCUGUACAACUGGCGCGACUGCGGAUGACUCGGCGCUUGAGCGUGCGAGCGAUCGCACAGCUUGGGCCGCGUGUGCUACAAGCACCCCGAGGACAGAGAUGGAUUCUGGGGCGCCAGCCUCUGCCCUCCGAGCGGCACCUGUUGGUGUGCUGGCGAUCCAAUGCGUCGCAGCCGCCCAAAAAGGAGGAUCCCAAGCCCGCCGGAUCGGGCGCCAGCGGCAGUGCCAGCAGCGAGAGGCCUCUCAAAAAGGAGGAUCCCAAGCCCUCUGGAUCGGGUACCAACAGCACCAGCAGCGCCAGCAGCGCGCCUGGCGCGGGCGCGUCCGGCAGCAGCACUGGGCACCCUCACCUCCGGGAGCUCUACGACACCUCGUCGCGGCAAAUGCACACGCAGAUGGAGCGCCUGUCGAAGAUCUACCGGAAUGUGCAACUGUCCUACACCUUCCUCACGAUUGGCCCACACCGACCGGUGUGUAUCGUCCUCUCGAUGUACAUCUCCCAUUGCAAAGGACGAUGCUGCGCUCCCAAGCGGCGCAAGAAAGUGCGGAGGUGGUGUCGCAGACCAUGCAGAACGCUCAAGUGCAGUUCAGCGCUCGAGAGUUUUCCAAGGAGCUGCUGAACCAGCUCUUCAAUGACGAUGAGAUCGCCACAACUGUUGCCUCCUGGACCUUGCGUUUGCUGACCUCGAUCCAACAAGAGAUUGGUGCCUUAUUCGUCCACAUUCUGCAGCAGCAGCAGGUGGUCGACGAGGUGAACCGCCUGGCUGAUAAGCUGGUGGCGUACCUUUGCGAGAGCCAGACCAUCCAGGAACGUGUUGGAGGCCUGCUGGUGGAUGCCAUCAACCUUCAGUCCUCCCGCGAUGCAGCUGCAUUGUGGGCCUACGAUCUGGUGAUGCGAGAGGACGUCACCUGUGGCUUUCGGGAUUUGGUGGUCACCGCGCUGCAGAUGGACGCCGUGGUUGAGGAGGCUCAACAACUGGCCGUGCAGGUGGUGAACCGAGUGCUAUCGGACGAGAAGACCAUCGAUGAGGCGAAGCGGGUGCUCCGCGAAGCCCUGGAAGACCAAGAGUUGCGGAACUCGGCCAAGGAGUCCUUGUGGAACAUCGUCUUGCCAUGGAGUUCGAGGAGCCCCGAUGAGCUCAGGAAAACCCUCCGCUCAGCCGAGGACCUGGUAGCUUCACCCUUCCUGACUGAAGAGGAGCGGAGCUUUCUCAGGUCUUUGCAGGCACGCCUCAAGGAGAGUGUGCGGAGAGGUAGCCCAGAGCCAAAGAAGUCGAGGACUGAACACGUGGAGGAGGCACAUUCCGCGGGCCAGGCUCAACAGACGGAGGUCACGCCUCCUGUUGCUGCAGGGCGGCCAGAGGAAAGCCCAAACGCUCCAGAAACCGCUCCGCAAAACCCAGAGGUACUCAAAGCUUUGAAAGGCCCUGAGGAGCCCAAGCGGGUUGCAGGGGAAGUUGCUGUCAAGCAGGAGGACAGUCGACCAGAGAAAUGACAGGCGUUUUUCGCAUCCUCCGCCAUGCGGUUCGUGAGUCUUCCACGCCCGACUCCUCGGCGUGUCCGAAGCAACUCCGGCUCCGGAGAACUGGGAAGAAGAUGGAAGAAGUGGUC